AAUCCCUAUUCUUCUCCCCCUUCGUUUAAAUAAAAUAACUAAUCAUCAUUUUCACCCACUGGUUGGCAUUUGCCUGCACAUUUUCCCUCUCGAUCGCCAUCGCAAUCUCAAUCUCAAUGGCGUCCGGGAAACAUACCGAUCCAAAGAUGCAAUACAUUAGCUCUUAAUACCGGUCUGAUACAUUAGCUCUUAAUACAUUAGCCAUUACAGCAACAUCAACCAUCCUGGGAUGAGCUGGAGAGAUCUUUUGGUGCAAAUAGAUUAACAGAAGUGAUCAGAUUGUACAGCAACUUCAUUACAAACAAGAAAGUGUUGAAAGGCCAGCUUGGCAAAUUUCUUUUCCAAAAAAAAAUGGCGUUAGGGAAAUACUCUAGGAUUGAUGACAAGAAAUCAUCGUCUUCUCAUUGUUCCACGGCAACUAUAGUGGUUUUGGUAGCCCUUUGCUUGGUGGGGGUGUGGAUGAUGACAUCGUUAUCUAUUGUUCCGACAGACGAUGUGUCUUCCCAGGAGAGAAAUAGUGAACCGAUGACACAAGUGAGUGAGCGUAAUGAGAAUAGUUCAACUGAUGAAGGCAAACCAAAACCGUUUGAUGAUAAUCCAGGUAAUCUACCAGUCGGUGCAACUGAUAAGGACACUGCAGUUCAAGACGAAAAGGUUACAGGUAGCCAAGAUGCAACAACCACAGGAGAAAACCAAGUGGAGAUUGACGAUAAAUCUGUGGUGGAAGAGAAAAAAGAGGAACCCAAGUUUGAAGGCGAACCUAAGGGUGUGUUGGAUAAUGUUGAAGAGAAGAAGGAGAAUGAAGAAUUAAAAGGAGAGGAUAAAGAGUUUGAAGUAGGAGAGAAAACUGAACCCAAGUCUUUUGGAAAUGAUGCUGAAAUAAAACCAGAAGAAACCCCUACCGAUAUCAAAAAUAGUGGUGACAAGGAAAAUGGCAAAGCAGAAGAGAAGGUGGAUGAUACAAAGGACCAAGAAACUUCUGGUGUUAAUCUAAAUAAUAUUUCUCCUGUUCAAUCUCCACUCCCCUCAGACGUUUCAAAAACAACCAAUGCUUUUGGUGACAAGGAAAAGGUAGAACCAGAUAUGACAGAGGAUAACAAGGACCAUGAAGGUUCUGGUGAGAUAAAGGACAAAGUGAAUGAUGUGUUUCCUUCAGCAGCUCAGGCCGAACUUCUAAAUGAAACCAGUACACAUAAUGGAGCAUUUUCAACCCAGGCAAUAGAGUCAAAGAAUGAAAAAAUAGCAGAAAAGUCUUUUGAACCAGAAAAAGGGAAAGGGUACAGUUGGAAAUUAUGCAACGUAACAGCUGGCCCUGACUACAUCCCUUGCCUUGAUAAUCUGGAAGCAAUUAAGCACCUUAAGAGUACAAUGCAUUAUGAACACAGAGAAAGACACUGCCCAGUUGAUCCUCCCACUUGCCUCGUUCCCCUCCCAGAAGGAUACCAACGGCCAAUUAAGUGGCCUACAAGUAGGGAAAAGAUAUGGUACCACAAUGUUCCACACACCAAGCUUGCAGAGUAUAAGGGACAUCAGAAUUGGGUCAAAGCUAAUGGUGAAUACCUUACCUUCCCUGGUGGUGGAACCCAGUUUGUACACGGUGCUCUUCAUUAUAUUGAUUUUAUACAACAGUCUGUGCGUGACAUUACCUGGGGAAAACGCACGCGUGUUGUAUUAGACGUAGGGUGUGGUGUUGCAAGCUUUGGAGGCUAUCUUUUUGAUAGAGAUGUGUUGACAAUGUCCUUUGCUCCCAAAGAUGAACACGAAGCUCAGGUGCAGUUUGCUCUCGAAAGGGGCAUUCCUGCUAUUUCUGCUGUCAUGGGUACAAAGAGACUUCCCUUCCCUAGUAGAGUCUUUGAUGUUGUCCAUUGUGCACGCUGCAGAGUGCCAUGGCAUAUUGAAGGUGGGAAACUUUUAUUGGAGCUGAAUCGUUUGCUCCGCCCUGGUGGUUUCUUUGUGUGGUCUGCAACACCAGUUUACCGGAAAAAUCCAGAGGAUGCUGGCAUCUGGGAAGCGAUGAAGAAUCUUACCAAAUCAAUGUGCUGGGACUUGGUUUCAAUUACUAAGGACAAAGUUAAUAAAGUAGGGAUCGCUAUAUAUAGAAAGCCUACAUCUAAUGAUUGCUAUGAACAAAGAUCCCAAGGUGACCCUCCACUCUGCCAAGAAUCUGAUGAUCCUGAUGCAUCAUGGAAUGUGCCUUUACAAGCCUGCAUGCAUAGAGUGCCAACUGCUCCACUAGACUGGGGGUCUCAGUGGCCAGAGCUGUGGCCUAGUAGGUUGGCAAAAUCUCCGUAUUGGUUACAGAGUUCCCAGAUAGGGGUGUAUGGGAAACCAGCACCAGAGGAUUUUGAUGUUGAUUAUCAACACUGGAAGCGAGUGAUUUCCAAAACUUACCUGAACGGAAUGGGGAUUGACUGGUCUAUUGUGCGGAACGUCAUGGACAUGCGUGCCAUCUAUGGAGGGUAACCUAUCAAUUUGCUUUUUCAUUGUGUGUGUGUGUGUGUGUUUUUCUUGAAACUUGAAAAUGAAGCAUAUGAAUUACACUUUCUACCUGAUGCAUGUACCAGCUCCUUCGUAAGCCCUUAAAUUUUAUUCCAAAUUACACACACUAUUAAAUGCUAUACUUAGGGUCCAUUUGGUUUGAGAGUUUUGGAGAUGAAAUUUUUGAAUUACUAGGUCUAUAUCUUGCUAAGAAAAUGAAUAAAGGGGUGGUUA